AAUGAAAAGUUUAUUCUUGUGCAGGAUUUUUCAUUUUUGUGAUACAUCCAAAAAUCAUAGCUAAAUGGAACAAUUACGGGAAGUGUUGGACGGCGAAAGCUACAAACUUUUAACAGAUAACAAAGUAACCGAUCGUUCACUCAUGUUGCUGGCCGACAGUGAUUUGGUGACAAUCGGAAUUACUGCUAUAGGGCCUCGGAAGAUAAUUCUGGCCGCUAUCGAAAAGUUGUAUGCCAUCCAAUUGCACUCACAAUCUCGUUCUGAUGACAUUGAAGACACAGCUCACGAGCUGAAUACCGAACGAACCGGUAAACAGGAUCUGAGAGCUAAACUUGUCGAGGAUGCUGCGUUCCGAAAUGUUGUUUACAAUCAGCUGGACCAGAACAUUGUCCCGAAAGUAAAACACUUACAUACAAUGGUUCAAAUUUUGUGUGGACAGUUCGAAAGGGCGAUUUACGAUAACAAGGGGUACCCCACAACAAACGAGCAGUGGAGACUGGCGAAAGAUAUUAUCAAGACGUUUCCUCAAUUGAGACAUACGCGUAUUAAUGAAAAUGCUCCAGAUGAGUCGACAUUUUUCUGGUGGAAAAGCGGAAAUGCAAGUAGUGACCAUUCCGGUUAUAUCUACCACCGAGUUCGCAAUAUUGAAAAAUGAAUUCCCAAAGAAAUAAAAAAAUACUCCAGACCUCCUCAAGAACCAUGUGACUCAAUUCCAACAUUAGUUGUUGAGCGAGCGAUCAGUUUGGUGGAAAUAAAUGCGAGUUCCGAUAACAUUGCCGAAAUUUCUAAGGAAAUGGAGGAAUGCUACCCGCUGCAUCGAUUGUUGUUACGGGAAAAGAAGACAUUUGAUGAAAUACUACAUACUUUCCCACAUUUUGCGUCGUACAACGGCAUAAUGAUCAAUGAGGCGUUCUACAGGAUGAAACCACAUGUGUCCCGUCAGCUGGAAUUUUCACCGGUUUUGGGUAGAGCACUUUUGCUGGUUUCUGGCAUGUUCUCAAGCAUUGAAGAUUCAUAUGUCAGAGGAACAUUGCGAAUUUUUACAAGAUUGCAGAAAAAGGGAAUGAAGUCAAAUCAAGCCGGUCCAUCAAAUAUGAUAUUGGCGGAGCAAAUUCUUGUUUCUCCACUGCUGCAAUGGUCACAGACAGGAUAUAGAGGCACAUGUCGAAAAUACACGCGGAGAGCCCCACAUUGUAUGCGAGUCAUCAGUUUUUGGUGCGGGAAAGUACAGUAUCAUCUUUAACGGAGUAAUACUUGCUUCCAGUGUCUCAUUUAUUGAGGUCCUUGAUAUUUUUUGGAAAAGUUUUGUUGUGUUUGGUGUGGUUGUCCCAACAAAAUUGCAAAUGUGCCAUGAUGUAUUUUCGAUUCUUGUUUAUGGCACAUUGCAGCAGAGCAAACGAAAAUCUGUUAACGAGUUGUGCACAAAUUUGCGAGAGGCAAUCAAGGCCGAAAGUGCUCAGUAAAUAUUUUGAUCUAAGUUAU